AGGAAGACGAAAAUGUUCUGUAGCGUUAGUCAUCGACUCUCAUUCCAGUUCUUUGAUUGCUGUAGUAAUAUAUUCUUAAUGCAUGGAGGAUUUAUAUCCCGGUAAAGGCAGGGACCCAGUUAGGGACAGGCCGAAAACUGGUAAGACACCCUUGGAGUUGAGACGAGUCGGGUGCGGCAGCUGCUAAUGAUAGCUAGCUCGACAUGGCAGUUUCCUGUAUUAUUUGAAUUUGUUUACAGGAUGAAAUGCCCUCACGACCAUGGCUUAAAAACAUCUCCUUGACGUUAGAUUUAGCUAUGUUAGCCAUCAGAUCGUCAGAGGAGGAGUCCACUGAGACUGAGGAGAUGGACACCUCAGAGCCCAACUGGUGCUGGUUCUACUUGGCUGAGUGUGGAGUGUGGCACAUGUUUGAGAUUGAUCCCAGUGCAGCCUGUUCUGUGACAAGUGCUCAGAUUGAGCAAUGCUACAACAGAAACCAACGAGGUGUCAUGGAGUUCUACACAGCGAAGUACACCUACAGACUGGACUUCUCAGUUAUGCGGCAGAUAAAUGUAACAACAGGGAAACAGCGACCAAUCAAACGCUCCCUCCACUCUGCAACUGGCUUCAGGUUUAUUUGUGAUAAUCUUGCCUUGCCAGUGCCAUGUCAUUGGGAGAGAAUCAAUACAGACGAGCCCUAUCAGCUCAUCCAGCUCGGAAGAGACACCUAUGAGUUUAAAGAAGUGGCCAGACUGUAUGAAAGGACUAUGGAUCAUCCAAUCAAAUCCAUCCAGAGGAUUCAGAACCUGGACUUAUGGGAAUUCUUCUGCAGGAAGAAAACACAGUUGCGAAAAGUCAAGCGCACAUUGGAUAUUGAGGAGCGAAUGCUGUUUCAUGGCACAGGACACAGCAACAUACAAGCUAUAUGUACAUUUAACUUUGACUGGCGGCUGACAGGAAGCCAUGGCGAUGUCUAUGGCAAAGGGAGCUACUUCGCCCGAGAUGCCAAAUACUCCAGUAAAUUCUGUCACACCACGGGGAAGCACAACACCACCCUGCAGAGACAUGGGCUCGCCCCACCAAUAUUUGCUAGUGAGCCACCCUACAAGACCAUGUUCCUGGCCAGAGUGCUUGUUGGAGAAUACACAGUCGGUCAUCCCAUGUACUGCAGACCACCCUCCAAGGAUGCCAGCUUCACCAAUUUUUAUGACAGUUGUGUGGAUGAUAUGGCCAAUCCAAAGAUUUAUGUCAUUUUUGACAGCAAUCAGAUUUACCCAGAGUAUCUGAUCGAAUUCUACUGAAACCUGUAUGUGCUUUUUUAAGAAAGGUUGGGUCUAGAACAUGGAAGUAUUCUGGAUAUUCAGGAUGAGAUAGAAAAAAGCUAAAGGGACUUUUGCUCGGGAGCACGAGCAAUCUAAAGUGCCUUUGGGAUAUUGGAAAAUUAAAAAGACAGUAAAGACUUUGUCUACAGCUUGUGUACUGUCCAGUAUAUUGUGAGAGGCCUGCUUUCUGGUUGGGAUGUUUCUGUGACAUAAAAAAAGGAUGAAAAUACUGACUGACAGUCAGUUCUUUUGGUGAAUUUGAAUUAAAUGCAGAAUCUGUGCCUGCUUGUUCAAUAUCAGUGCACAGGUGUUUAAAAUUUGAGUGGCACUUGCAGCCUGUAGGUUAUAGGUGAUGUCUUGCCAUCAGCCACAGCCCUUCAUCCAUAGUGCCACGCAUGAGCUUAUUUACAAGCCAUGUCUACAUGGUCCCAAACAACAAAACCAAAAACCAUAACAUGUUCCCACUUACUCAUUUAGCACCGUUAGUUAGUGACAUUGACAUUUCUGUGUACCAAGUACAAUGUAUUAGGUAGGCAUGGAUUUUUAUUUUUUUGUU